AAUGAGUUGCCGUAAACAACUCGGCGACUUAAUUACAUAAAUAGAUAUACUUCACGAAAAUCAUAUGAGCCGCAUUUUCGUAAAGCAGUUGCCUAUUUUGGUACGACAACAUUUGCCGCGAGUAAGCACUUAUGGCGCCACAAAGGUCGUUGAAGCGCUGGAAGAUGCAGCUCAUCUACGUAAACGCGAUCAACACGUAGAUAAAUUUCUGAAUCAUUGUGUUUCCAGGGCAUUGGCAGUGCUUCCGGACCUUAGGAUCACUGGUAUCAUUCGUUCGCUAUUUGCGCACAAGAACUGUGGUAUACAAUGCCACAACUUUGUAGAGGAGGUGGCAUCGUUCCUAUUACAUGAAUGCGGGACGGGAAGACAUUAUCAGUCAUUUCUAGAUUCGUCUACAGCGAAUGACGUUUUACUACUAUACAAGGCUUUUCUAGUGAAUGAAUACUACAACAUCAAUCUAUAUACCCUUUGUAUGGGAUUACUGGCUACUCAAUUAUCGCACAUGACAGCGUCAGACUGUACAAUAUUUUUCAAAUCACACAUAAAGUACAUAAAGGCGUAUGAUGACGAGAAAUUCACGAAGGAAGACAGUGCUGUGACAAGAGACAGAAUAUUGAACCUUCCCUUGGCUACCGAAAUCACAGUCAGAUAUGUAGAGCAGGGUGGUGGUACGCCGGAAGAUGUUACGUUAUUCGCUGAAUGGUUGAUACCGAUGCAAAAGUACUAUGGGUUCAAUCAAGAAAUCAGCUCUCUGUUGUCUAAGUUCUAUUUUACAUUAUCGCAAAGACCUGCUAUGUUCAACAUUGAUCAUAUGCAUAGAAUACUCCAAUCCACUUGCAAAGUGUUUAAUCAGCUUGACACUGAUUCCACAAAUCACGCCAAAGCUUUCAUGGAAUCACUAUUACACGAGUCUGAGAGGAGAAAUGAUGUCCAUACAUUCGACAAUGCAUUUAAUACACUUUGUGCAUUACAAAAAAGAGGCCAUUGGAGGUUUGAACUGUUGAAGGGAAUGCUAUAUACCGUGGUGAAUAACUAUGACUCUAGGCAGCAUCAUAGAAACAUACAGGAGUUGAUUGUAAAUCUCAUCGAAACAAUCGACAAUGUGCAAGGACAACGGUUUGCAAUGAACGUACCAUUUGCCUUAGACCUUUGCCCAGGAACAAUGGCCCACUUAAAGCUAAAACACAUGCUGAAAUUACUACAAGAUAGGAAUGAUAAUAUCCUGGCUAAAGCAUAAUGUAAUGAAGUUUAAUGCCCUUGUGCGGUAUCCAUUAAUUGUGAUAAUG